AUGUUGACAAAGAAGUCUCUUCCAAAACCAUGUUCGGAUAGAUUUCUGCUAACUGCACAUAUAAACAGGAGCAGAGGGCCGGUCACCUCUGUAACCACCGGCAGCAGCAGAAGAAGCCGCAGCUCCCCACUCCUCUUAACUCAUCGCCCCCUCCUUCUUCCUUCUACAUCUCUCUCCUCGCCCCCUUCUCUCGGUGUCACGCUCCCUCCUAGUCCGGAGCGUCCACAAACUUUUGAACAGAAUACCGGCCUCAGCAAACAAGUCCUUCAGCUCCUCCUGCUGCUCCUGCUCGUUGCUGCGGCUUCUGCUCAGACACUAACGCCAGACGGUGAUGCCUCUUGGGUUGUGACUCCAGCGCAGAAACUUGGAGAAGCCCUUUGCCCGCCGUCCUACUUGGCAGCAAACCCUCUCCUGGCAGCGGUAAGAGUUGAAUGAAUGACCAUGUGUAGCGGAGUGAGGCUGGCCCUGCUGGUCUACGGGAUAAUAAUGCACAGCAGCGUCUAUUGCUCACCUGCCGCCGCCGGACUCCGGUUUCCUGGGAUCAGGCCGGAGGACGAGGCGUACGACGAGGACGGAAACCCGCUGCAGGACUUCUAUGACUCGGAUCCACCCGGCGUGGGGAGCCCCGCCUCCGCGCUGCGCGACGCCUACGCGCCCUACUACCCGGCGGAGGAAAGAGAUUUCGCCCACGGGAUCCUUAACAAGGUCUACCGCAAAGUGCUGGACCAGCUGUCCGCCAGGAGAUACCUGCAGACGCUCACGGCCAAGGGCGUGGGUGGGAACCUGGGCGGCGGCGCGGACGAUGACUCGGAGCCGCUCUCCAAGCGCCACUCGGACGGAAUCUUCACGGACAGCUACAGCCGCUACCGGAAACAAAUGGCUGUUAAGAAAUACUUGGCGGCCGUCCUAGGGAAAAGGUAUAAACAAAGGGUUAAAAACAAAGGACGGCGAAUAGCGUAUUUGUAG